AUGCGAACCAGAUCUAAGGGUACACCGCAAUUUGGGUUAUUGAUUCAUCAUAGAAGAGGACAUAAUUCAGCUGUGAUUGAUACACAUCAGGACUAUCAGAGUCCAGUGAGAGAAAAUCCAAUUUUUGAAACAAAUUUUGAGAGUAGUAGCAGUGAUUUAGAAGCUGAGUCGAUGGCCGAAAACAAUAACAAUGCUCCUCCUGUGGAAAAGUUCGGCGAUACUGUCAGAUCGGGAGUUGAUCACCCGGGAAAUUUCGCCUAUGCUACGGAUAACAUCAGCAUCCCACCUCACUACAUCAGCUUGGUGAAUGGUGGCACCUUGUUCCAUGGUCGUGAAGACGAAGAGCCCAUAAGCCACCUCAAUGCAUUCUAUGAGUUGACCAUGGACCACAGACCUGCAAAUGUGCCACAUGAUAAUAUCAAGAGAGCUCUCUUUCCUUUUUCGUUGAGAGACAAAGCACGAGAGUGGUACGACUCACUUCCGGGGUACAAUGUGGCGACCUUUGAAGAUCUGAAAUCCAAGUUUCUCCUGGAAUAUAAUUCACCAAUGAAGAUUGAGAGAUUGAGGGAUGCCAUCACAUCUUUUCGGCAGCAAGAUGAUGAAUCUUUUGCUGAAGCAUGGAAAAGGUUUACUGAGAUGUUGAGAAAGUGUCCCAGCCAUGGUCUUGCUCCUGGCCGUGAUCUUGUCAAAUUUUACCAAGGCUUAAACAACGAAAGCAUGGGACUUAUAAAUGCAAGUACUGGUGGAGAUCUUGAUAAUAAGACACAUGAGGAAGUGAGGACCUUGUUUCAAAAACUAGCAGAUAAUCAAAGAAACUGGUACAAUCCAAGGAGAGCGGUUGAGAAGAAAGGAAAUACCUUCGGAGCUUCAGUAGAAUCUGAGAGAAUGACAGCAGUUGAGGCACAACUAGCUAAUAUUAGCACCCAAAUGACAUCGGUGGUUAAAGCAGUAUCUUCCAUGCAGCUGAACCCACAACCUCAAAUUGUUGCAAUGGUUAAAUGUGGACUGUGUCGAGGUGGGCAUCACACAGAUCAAUGUCAAAUGAUCCAAUCCCAAGAAACAGUUGAAGAUGUGAAUUACAUAGGCAAUAACCACCAAGGUUUUAACCAGGGGGGUCAAUUCAAUAACAAUCAUCAGAACUGGAAGCCUCAACAACAAGGGAAUUGGAACCAAGUUGGGUCUAAUAACAAUGGUGGGAACCAAUGGCGAAACAACUCCCAACCCCCUGGUUUUGAUAAGAAACCUUCUCUAGAAGAUCAGAUGGGACAGAUAUUCUCUUUCAUGUCAAAGAGUCAAAAAGAGAAUGAUUUCUUCAAAGAGAAAACAAUUGAGAAGUUUGGACAGCUCGAGGCUUCUAUGAGGAAUUUGGAAACACAAAUAGGGCAGCUUGCUACGGCUUCUCAUACAAGAACUCCCGGUACCAUUCCAAGUGAUACAGUGCCCAACCCCAAGGGAAAUGAACAUUGCAAAGCAGUCACCCUGAGAAGCGGAAGAAAUUUGGAUUCAAUGCCUUUAAUGGACGACCAAGGAGAAAAAGACAAAAAGGUCAAUGAGACAGAACCUACGAAGAGCAAGUACAGUAUUCCUAAUGACAUUCCACUGCCUCCAUUUCCAUUCACGAGAAAGAAGCGAGUGCGGCAAGAAAAGAGUUUUGAGUGGAUGAUGAAUGUGAUUAGAAAGGUGAAUAUAAACAUCUCAUUAGUGGAUCUUUUCACCAAUUUCCCGAGAUUCUCCAAAUUCUUCAAAGACAUGAUGGCAAAUAAGGAGAAACUUCAGGAUGGGGGGGUUGUGGCAUUGAGCACGAAUUGCUCACAGCUGAUAUCUGGAAUCAUGCCGACGAAGAGAAGAGAUCCAGGAGGUUGCAUCAUACCAUGUGAAAUUGGUAACACGAUUUUCACAAAGUGUUUAUUGGACCAAGGUUCAGGGAUCUCGCUGAUGGCAUUGAAAACUGCUCGUGCCAUUGGUUUGGCGGAAAGAAUGGAGCCUAUCGACAUCGCUCUACAAUUGGCUGAUCACUCCAUAGUGAAGCCCACUGGAUUUGUUGAGGAUGUCUUGGUUAAAAUUGAUAAGUUCAUCAUUCCUGUUGAUUUUAUUGUGCUCGACAUGCCAGAGGAUAAAGAAGUGCCAAUUUUAUUUGGUAGACCAUUUCUAGCAACGGGAGAUGUAUUGCUUGGAGCAAAGGAUAACUCUGUUACAUUCAGAAUAAAUGGUGAGCAACUGACCAUCAAUGUUGAGAAGGCCUAUGUUGGUGGUGAAAGUGGUAAGAAAGCAAGAGAGGUGGUCACACUAGAGAGUCCGAAAGUGUAG